GUUUUAAUUUCCCUCCUACUUAUUUUCAAAAAAAAAAAGGUAGUAUCCCCUCAUCAUGCCGCGUGAGAUCAAGACGCUGAAGGAGUUCCUCGCUAUCUGCUCCCGCAAGGAUGCACGGUGCGUGAAGGUCAAGAAGAACCCGAGCGCGACCAAGUUCAAGGUGCGCUGCAGCCGCUACCUGUACACGCUGGUCGUGAACGACAAGAAGAAGGCCGACAAGAUCGAGCGCUCCAUCCACCCGUCGGUGAAGAAGAUCGCCGUGACGGCCCGCUCGCACGCCAAGACGAACGCCGGUGCUCACUAA